GCCAGCCGCAGUCGAAGGGGCCACUGCGCUCCGGCAACAAGUGUCAGUAGUGCGAGACGUUCGCGAACGCUUCGCCAGCGUGGUUCAACCUACCGCCGCUUUUUUUCUUUGUUAUCACGUGAGUACGUGGCCGCCGGAGGAGGUGCGGCGAAGCGGCUGCAGCCAUGGAUCAGCUCUUCGGGAAUCUGAAGGGCUUCUUUAAGACUGAGUUCACCGUCAUCGACAACAAUGUGUUUCGGCUGCACUAAAAGGCGACGGUGUGCAUCCUCAUCACCUUCAGCCUCCUGGUGACGGCGAGGCAGUACAUCGGCGACCCCAUCGACUGCAUCAGUAGGGACGAGCUGCCACCCAACCUGAUAGACACCCUCUGCUGGAUACACACCACCUAUUCGCUCACGGACGCCUGGCACAAGAAAGUGGGCGUCGAAGUGCCUUACCCCGGCGUGGAAAAGUACAAGCAGGGCGAGAAGCGCGUCUACCAUGCCUACUACCAAUGGGUAUGCUUCGUGCUCUUCAUUCAGGCCGUGCUAUUCUACGUACCUCGCUACUUCUGGAAGGCUGUCGAAGGCGGUCGCAUCAAGAACCUCAUCCUGGGCCUCCACAUUCCCAUCCUCCCCGAGGAAGCCAAAGAAAACAGCCGCAAACUGCUCGUCGAGUACCUGGCCAUCAACCUGAACAACCACAACAUACUUUUCUACGGAUACGUGGUGGCCGAGGUGUGCAACUUCGUCAACGUCGUGGGCCAGAUGUUAUUCAUGGACAUGUUCCUCGGGGGCGAGUUCUUCAGCUACGGUUCCAAGGUGCUGCAGUUCACCGACUGGGACCGGUCCGUGGGCUUCGACCCCUUGAUCAAGGUGUUCCCCAGGCUAGCCAAGUGCACUUUUCACAUGUACGGUCGCUCGGGCGACGUGCAGAAGCACGAUGCCUUGUGCAUCCUGCCCAUGAACAUCAUCAACGAGAAGAUAUAUGUUUUCCUCUGGUUCUGGUUCAUUAUCCUCGCCGUGCUCUCCGGGGUGGUGCUCAUCUACAGGGCCUUCGACAUCUUCCUCCCCCAAAUCCGCUUCAUUGUCCUCCGGCGCCGCGCCAUGCUCGCAAACAAGGACUACGUGGAGCGCGUCUGCGACCACUGCAAGCUCGGCGACUGGCUCGUUCUCAAUCUGCUCUGCAAGAACAUGGAUCCCGUCAACUUCCGAGCUCUCAUCAAAGACUACGUGCGACGCCUCGACCACAAGAGCAUUGACAACGCGUAGACACUCGCUAUGGCCGCUGUCUGUCUCGUGUGCGUUCUUUUUUCGACGCCGCGUCUCGCGGUUGCGGGCACGAGGAUCUGUAGCACACCUUGACACUGGCAAGUCCGUGCCCCUCCGUUCCUGUUUAAUUUUUAUUGCGAUAGCAAUUAUAUGGACACUCUCGGCUGAUUUUGCCGUCA